UAACUACAUAAUCGUUCAAAUGCAUGUUUGCGAUCGAGUACAAAACAACCAAACAACAUUCUUAAACCACAAGUUCAAACAACAUUCUCAAACCAAACAACAUUCUCAAACCACAAGUUCACAACUACCACAAACACAAACUAGCAAGCACUACAAUGUUAACAAACAACGUUUCAUAUCGUCAAACAACACCAAAUGCAGAAACUGGUGCAUUAAACUUGGACUAUUUGAUAUCAUAAUUGUAUAAAGCAGCAUUGGGGAAUUGCUUUGAGUUAGACGAAUGGGGUCCAAUUGAGUUAUGCAUAAUGUCUAAACAAUUCGAUCGCCAGGGGAAAUCACCAUAUGCAUAUUAUGCUUCAGCAGUGGAGGAGCGGAGGCCGGAGAUGAGCAACAGAGCGGCGGAGAGGAGCGGCGUAGAGGAACAGCGGAGGCCGGAGAGGAGCAGAUCAGGUCGGCGGUCGGUGGAGCGGAGCAAAGCAGGGACCGCGGAGCGUCGCCUUGCCGCCGGUCGCUGGUCAAGGGCUUGGCGGUUCCUGGUCGCCGGUCGCCAGAUGAGAAAUGGAGAAGAGGAGCGUCGGAUUGAACUGAAGAAGAAGAGGAGAACUGCUGGAGAACUGGGAAGAAGAAACGAACGCGGCGACUGUCUUUCUUUCGAUUGAUUAGGGUUUUGACAAUUUGACUUCGUUUUUUUUUGUGCUAAUACCGUAAUACGACGACGUUUUCUUUCAAUUACCCUGCCCCCGAUUAGACCAAAACCGGGCGGUAUUUCGGAUUAAACCGUUUAAACCGCCCGGCGCGAUAUUCUGCCCCCAAACACGCUACCGUUUCGUCCGUGCUCCGGUUUUCGGUUUUACUGAUUCAACCGGCCGGUACGAUCCGAUUUCCUUUACCAUGCAUUAAAGUAAGACUAGACAAAUUUUGCAAUAAUUUUAAUGCAAAAUAGUUAAAUAAAGUGUGGUUAUAGACUAUUAUGACUGCGAGGCGCGAGCUGAGUCGAGAUGUCUGGUGUCAUUGGAUGGAGUCGACUCCUGACGAGUCUCAGCUGGAGGAAAUUGAUAUCAGACUGGAGAGCUCAUUUUACGUUGGUCCCAUCUGUGAGCUAUGGUCUCCUCCAGCGAGUUUCUUCACCUUGAAGAAUUUAAAAGUUCUGAAGCUUAACGAAAUCAUGACAGGCAUAAUGCCGGCUUCUAUUUUUCUUUCUAGUCUGAAAAUCCUACAUCUUUUGAAGCUAAGGACUCGGGACUUCGAGUUAUUAAGCAGACUCAUUUCUGGUGGCCCUGUUCUGGAGACUCUUUAUUUGGAGAAUUGCUUUUUGCAAGAUGUGGGAUGGCGAUCAAGUACUCAUUGCUUCCAUACCAUCCUUGAAGAACUUGACGAUUAGAAACAAUGAUGGAAGGCUGCAUUGUUCCAUUGAAAUGGAAGCACCAAAUCUUGAGCAUCUUUAUCUUCUGAAUUUUGGGGAGUUACAGUUUAUGGGUAGUAGUAGUUCAUUGUCAUGCGUUCACUCGGCACUGGCAUGGGUUGAUACUCCUGUUUAUGAGGAAACCUGGGUUGAUUUUGAUGAUCAGUAUGGAAGACCGCCUUGACGGGAUUUGCAUAAUAAAUAAAAUUAUUAUAUUUUGACGGGAUGAAGAAGAAAAUAUGAUUUGCAUAAUUAUAAUAAUUUUUUAUUUUAUUUAUUUAUUUUAUUGUAAAAAUGAGUUGAACAUUAAAAUAAAAUAAAAUAAAUUUUAUUUAUUAUUUCAUAAUUGCCAUGUCACUAAGUUAACGGUCAACUUUGAGAGUUGACUGCCACAUCAGCCAAAGUUACAGAGUUGGACGGAGAGUGACCAAACGUGAACGGUUUCAAUAAACUGAAGUACCACCAAUGGAUUUAAAUAUUUGGAGUGAUCAAACUUGAACGUUUUUUUGUAAUCUCAGUGACCAACCAUGCAAUUAACCCUAUAAUUUUCGUAGGAUUUAACUUCUUUGCAUCAUUGCAUAUGUUAAAAUGUUGAAAAAAUUCUUAUGACAUAGGUUAUUGUUAAAUUUUUUUAAUAGAAUAAUUUAUAUUCU